CGUAAUUGCUGAAGUAGUACUGAAAAAAACCCUGAAACGACAGUAGAGGAGCGGCUGAUACAGUAGAAGUUUGGAGGAAAACACAGAGGACCAUCCAUCUGAUUCGUUUCUUUAAUUCAAGACCACGUCCAUUCCGUGAUUAAAUCAUACAGUCUGGGUUUUCUGCCUUGGUCUUGGCCCCUGCCUCGAAGGAGGCCUCUUCUGUCGCAUCCAUGUUGCCACCUGCAUCUUCCUCCAGGCUGAAGUACCUGUCCCUGGGGGUGCUGGUCUUCCAGACGACUUCCCUGGUCCUGACCAUGCGCUUCUCCCGCAAGCUGCAGGUCGAGGGCCCGCUGUACCUGGCCUCCUCCGCCGUAGUCUCCGCCGAGCUGCUCAAAAUCCUCCUCUGCACCCUGCUUGUCUUCAAGGAACACAGCUUCAGUGUGCGGGCUCUGAAUCGCAUGAUGAAGGAGGAGAUCUUGAACAAGCCCAUGGAGACGUUGAAGCUGGCGAUCCCCUCUGGGAUCUACACGCUCCAGAACAACCUGCUGUACGUUGCCCUUUCCAACCUGGACGCAGCCACUUACCAGGUGACUUACCAGCUGAAGAUCCUGACCACGGCCCUGUUCUCUGUGUCCAUGCUGGGGAAGAAUCUUGGUAUCUACCAGUGGCUGUCCCUGCUCAUCCUCAUGGCUGGAAUCGCUCUUGUACAGUGGCCUACAGAGUCUCUGGGAAUUCCAGAGCAGAAGGUUUUGUCCGCAGGCUCCCAGUUUGUGGGGGUGGUGGCCGUCCUGGUCGCCUGUGUCUCCAGCGGCUUUGCGGGAGUCUACUUUGAAAAGAUCCUCAAGGAGACCAAACAGAGCGUUUGGAUCCGAAACAUCCAACUAGGCUUGUUUGGUUUGGUGUUUGGUCUCUUUGGCGUGUUUGUGUAUGAUGGAGAGAGGGUGCAGGAGUCCGGGAUGUUCCAAGGCUACAACAGCCUUACCUGCACAGUUGUGGCCUUACAGGCUCUUGGAGGACUGGUCAUAGCAGCUGUCAUUAAGUAUGCAGACAAUAUCCUGAAAGGGUUUGCCACGUCCCUCUCAAUCAUCCUCUCAACCCUCAUCUCUUACUUCUGGUUGCAGGACUUUGACCCCACCAGUGUGUUCUUCCUGGGCGCCAUUCUUGUCAUUGCUGCCACCUUCCUCUACGGCUAUGAGCCCUCUUCCAAGCCCCUCUGAAUCAGGGGGAGCGUUGCGAGGGGGAGACCCAGAGCUGACCAACCCAGAGCAUAGGGAGCAUGUGAAGGCAAUAUAGAGAAAGGCGGAACAAUUUACAAAAUUAAGGGAAUUUAUCAACACUGCAAACCUCACAGGAUUAAAGAUGGAGCAGAAGGACAUAUGAAUGUGCUACAGACAUUCACCUCGGUGGAGGAGAAGGACCUAGCAGUAGGAAGCCGCUCUGGCCUGUACGGGUACAGCACAUUGCUACUGCUCUGUCACACGACAGAGCCAAGCAGACUGGAACAUGACUUCAAGAUUUCUGAUCAAUGUGAAAGCUUUUUGGGGGAGUUCUGUGCAAUCUCCUAUUAUGUACUCUACAUAGAGAAAUUAUGUUACCUUUGUGCAACUGAAACCCACACGAUCAAGGCCGGAUCUACCAUAUGGGCAAUCUGGGCACAUGCCCAGGGGCCCUUGGGCAUAGAGGUGCCCUCCGUGAUCGGAUAAUUAUUAAUAUUCUGUAUUUUUUGGGGCUAAAUAAAAACAGUCUACAGAAGACUUGCUUGGCCCUUGAUCUUUACAUUUAGUAGACGCUCUUAUCCAGAGCGACCUACAGUAAGUACAGGGACAUUCUCCCCGAGGCAAGUAGGGUGAAGUGCCUUGCCCAAGGACACAACGUCAUUUAGCACGGCCGGGAAUUGAACUGGCAACCUUCAGAUUACUAGCCCGCUUCCCUAACCGCUCAGCCACCUGACUCCAAA